AUGGCCGCCACGCGCACACUCGCACGCUCGAUGCCGCCACAGCGGGCAGCAUCAGCCACAUUCCACGCCAUCGCCGGUCCAUCACGAUCUCUGUGCCUCUCCACUUCUGCAUCGCCACGACGGUCCCUUCACACCACCCGCACCACGCACACGCCAAGACGGGGCGAUCCCUCGGCGCUCUACAGCCGGUAUUACGACAAGAUCCUCAAAUCCGACGGUAAAUCCAAACCCACCUCGUCGUCGACGAACGACGAUGAGGGCACGCGACGGCGGGCGGAAAAGACGAAUACGAUGCUCAAACGCGACCAGGAGCUCCUCCAGAAGCUCCUCGACCGCGAAGGCGGAUCGGCGGGCAUCGCCACCGUCGAUGGGACCUAUGAAGAGGGGCUGGGAAAGGAGACCAAGAAGAACAUGUUUCGACUCAUUUGA